AUGGCGAACGAGAGGUGGCUAUUGCUAGAGAAGCUGAAAAGGGCCGUAAAGAAAAUCAACUUCCUUAUAAACUUCAACCUAAAUAAAUGGAAGCUCGCAUCCAUUAUUGGGGUGUCUUCCGGCAAGAAGAGGCUGAGCUUCAACAACCGGCCCGGAUUGAGGGCCUGUGUGGAUGACGAGGGCCCGCUUGAACCGAACAACUCGGGCUCAUCAAAUGGCCGGAGCCUGCAGAGGACAAUAAGCUACCCGUCAUCAGAAGACGAUAUUAAUAAAAGGGCAGAAGCUUUUAUUGCAAACUUCUACAAGCAGCUUCAGUAUGAGAGGCAAAUAUCAUUGGAGCUUAGGUACUAUAGGGGUGAUAGUUUUGGUUCUUCAUCUUCUCAAUGA